CUUCCCUAAGAGCUCCACUGUCAUCGGCGGUUUAUCUUACCAAGUUCUGGGUCUGUUUGUGACAGAUAGGUAGCUUUGUGAGGUCCAAAGAGUGUACUUCGGGCUGUAAGACCAUAAUCAUAGCAUCGCGGACUUUUGCCCUUGGAUAUAUAUCUUCACUACAUUAGAACUACUACCACUUACUGCACUUUCAAGAUGGACGUCUCAACAGAAGCAAGUAGAGUUUCAUAUACCUCAGUACCUUCCGAAACCAAAGACUCAACCCCCGCUCACCUUGACCGGUCUACAUUUCCACGCACAAUCACUCUACCAGACGAGAGAAUUCACAUCGAGUUGACAUACGACCCCCUCAGUGCAGAUACAGCAUUAUCCUACACCAACUCCCCCGCGGCAGGCGCAAAUGUUUUCUUCCUAGGGACAACGCGAAAUACAUUUGACGGUCGUGCCGUCGCUCAACUCAGUUAUACAUCCUACCCACCACUGGCAUUAAGGACCCUGACAGAGAUCGCACGGCGAAGCAAAGAAAAACAUGGGCUUAUCGCCGUGAGCAUCUCCCAUCGGCUGGGGACAGUGGCUGUCGGAGAGGCAUCAAUAUUAAUUGCUGUCAGCUCGGGGCACCGGCGUGCGGCUUGGAGAGCCGGCGAGGAAAUCCUGGAUGAGUGCAAGGCAAAGGCGGAGAUCUGGAAGCGGGAGGAGUUCGUUGGUAGCAAACCGGAAGACGGGGAAUGGAGGGCAAAUAAGGAUUGGGAUGGGGAGGGAAAUUUAGUCUCACAUCAAUAAUGACUAUUGUUUACGGAUGACGGGCAUUUAAGAUUAGAGUACAAACUCAGCAGUGUCAGUUGAUCUUGUC